AGGCCACGCCCGCUUGAGCUGCUGUACCGCUCUUGUUAUCAGAAGUGACCUGCCCACAACAACAACAAGGCAUCAACACGUUCAGCGAGCGCGAUGACGAUCACACGCGUCGAAUGAAAAGCAAGGGACAAGUCCUUUCUUACUAACAACUCCUUUCUCACUAACAACUCCUUACUUACUAACAACUCCUGUAAUUUUUCAUUGCUGGAGGGGUUUCCCCCCCCUACCUGAAAAUCCUGGCUCCACCUCUGAGUGUGUGACAGUGUCAAGUUUGUAUUUGCAGUAAAGUCUAUUAACUCUAUUGAGCACAGAGGUUAUAUCAAAACAGUAGUUUAUUUUAGUUUUCCUCUGGAACUCUUUGUAAGAAUGGAGUCAGGAAGUGAUCACAGCACACACGUGCAGCAGCUGAAGUCGGAACUGCUCAUCCCAGCAAUCAAGGACAUCUGUGCCUGGCUUCACACCUCUAACUGUCGCUGCCUCUGCAGAAGUGGUUUCAUGGAGCAAAGGCACUCGGCGCGGCUCGGUGCAAAAAGGCAACAAUGCGACCGGUGUGCAUACAGCACGGAUUGUCCUGCACAUUUGACACGGCACCAGAGAACUCACACAGGAGAGAAACCCUUCAAGUGCAGUGUGUGUGGGAAGGCAUUUGCACAGUCAUCUGCUCUUGUAACACACAAGAGAACACACACGGGAGAGAAACCCUUCAAGUGCAGUGUGUGUAGGAAGGCGUUUGCACAGUCAUCUACUCUUGUAGCACACCAGAGAACACACACGGGAGAGAAACCCUUCAAGUGCAGUGUGUGUGGGAAGGCGUUUGCAUGGUCACCAUAUCUUCAAAGACACCAGAGAACACACAAGCAUCAGAAGAUCCACCAGGAGUGGAGUGUGAAAUCAGCUUGUGAAAGUCAAAGUGCUGCAAUGAGCCCAUCCCUCAUCAAACAAGAACCGGAAGAAAAUCCAAGCUUGGACACUUUUAAAGGUGUCAAGGUGAAAUAUGAAGAAAUCAAGGUGAAAUAUGAAGAAGUGAUGGUGAAAUAUGAAGAAGUGAUGGUGAAGAGCGAAGAAGUGAAGGUAAAAUGUGAAGAUGAAGAUUCAACUGCAAAAUGGGACCUUCGCAUCGAUGGAGGCAACGUGAAGCAGGAGGAGAAUUCUGACUGUGAGGCAGAGCGAGGCAACUCCCAGCAGUUUGUGGAAGUGGAGGUGUGGGUGGACUUCCUCCGAGACAAUACAAAGUCAAAUGGAGACCCGGGAGAUGCGUAAGCCUUAGACCAGUGGUUCUUAACCUGGGUUCGAUCGAACCCCAGGGGUUCGGUGAGUCCGUCUCAGGGGUUCGGCGGAGGUUAAGACACACACCUGACUCGUGAUUGUGCACCAGUAAAACAUGUACCUAUGUUUUGAAUUUGAAAAAAUAAUUUAAUUUUUCCAAUUAAGAAGGGUUCGGUGAAUGCGCAUAUGAAACUGGUGGGGUUCAGUACCUCCAACAAGGUUAAGAACCACUGCCUUAGACGAUGCCGCUCCAAUAGAUGCACCUUUGUCACAGGCCUUUAAUGACAAGAAUGUGAAGUUGAACACUCAGUUCCUAGGUUCAACCUGCAGGGUAAGAGCGGCCAGUCUUUGUGGACCUGUGUGUUGGGUAGAUCUCUAACCAGGAGCGAAUGCCAAUAAGCUCCCAAGCAUUCACUGUUAUCAUAAUUGCAUUUAUACUGUGCUUGCUUAAUCGCCUCGGUAAUUCGGAGUUUUGCAUCGUAUCUCGUCUCAAACACUCGAAGAGCAUCCCCAAGUAGCAGCUGCCCCUGUGUGGCACAAGGUGGUGGCCCUGCACCGGCCUGCAUGUGGACAAGAGCCUGUCAGUAGGGGGCGAUGGUUGAUGUGGCAUCUCAGUUGUGGAGUUUGUAGGUAAUGUUUAGAAUUUGCUACAUUUUGACCCAGAUGCCAGCAUGCAAUGGCCGACUCGUUUUGAAUGGUGUUAAGCAGACGGUGCGUAUUUUUUUAAUUAGCUUCUUGUUAAUAGGAUGUAACCUAAUGCAGUAUAUUUCAGUGCAGUAAUUAAAUUUUGUUAAUAUGCCUGUCAAUAAGUUACACUGAAUACUUGUCUGAUUGGGUUCGUACAUGUAACCUUUUGUCUAUAAGAGUCAAACAUUGAAUAAGUCAUGUUAGGACAUAGUGUGUGUUUUUCAAGUAACCUGUACAGAUAACUCAGGUGAGACUCAUUGUUCUUGUGAUACAGGUCAAAGGGUACUUUUGUGUUUUCAGGAAGCAUCUCCCUCUGGAGCAACUCAUUGUCUUUGAAAUAGGGAGCACACUCGGAUCAUUCAUCAGUUACAAGGCAAACCACUCAAAAGUUACACGUAGAGGAGAUACAUUCUCAACAACACGAAUUAUAAUUUUGUAUUACGUGUUGACGUAGAUUUUGUCGAAUUAGGACGAGAAAUGGUCCUUGCUGAUUAACGUCUGGAUGUUGACAACCAUGGGGUUGAAGCAAGCCUGACCGCCUGCGGUGCCCCUCACAACCAUUUACGGCCUUGGGCCAGGAAAGUCACGAAAACAAUUCACACGAACGAUGCAUCCACGCAAACUCCCGAUGCUCCGUUUUGAAGUUUGAAAAUGAAACAACUUUGAAUUGUAUAUUGUUUUGCAUUUGAUAAUUGUAUUUCUUCAUUAAAA